AUGACUGAAAACGAGGCUAAAAUUCCUAAUCUUCCAAAGAAAGGCGACUAUCGUCAAAGGGCACAUAGUAAUCCAUUGAGUGAUCGCAACAUUCCCUAUCCAUUAAAUCCAGACGUAAUUGAUUGGUCUGAAUUAUAUCCAAUAUUAAAAUCCAAUCCAGACUCAAUUCCAGAUCAUUAUCCAACAAUGUUAGAUAUUGGUUGUGGAUAUGGUGGAAUGACAUUUGCUCUUUCAACAGAAUUUCCUCAAAACUUGAUUUUUGCUUUAGAGAUCAGAUCACAAGUUACAACAUACGUUGAAAAGAAGAUACAAGCAUAUCAUGCUCAAGGAUUGGCUCUAAAUAUUCAAGUUCAAUGGGCAAACACUAUGCGCACUUUGAUGCGUUACUUGAGAGCUCAUACUAUCGAAAAAAUAUUCAUUCUUUUCCCAGAUCCUCAUUUCAAAAAGAAAAAGGCUAAAUGGCGGAUCAUUUCUGAACAAUUACUUGAUGAAUACGCCUAUAUUAUGAAAGGAGGCGCAAGAUUCUAUCUAGUUACCGAUGUACGCCAGUACUUUGAAUACGCAGUUCCAAUUCUGGAAGCACAUCCUCUUUUCAAGAGAGUUACAGAUAUCGAUUCAGAUAAAUGCGUCAACCUAGCUAAAACAUCUACCGAAGAAUCAAAUAAAGUUACGGAAAACGGAGGCCAGAAAUUUGCUUGCGUUUUCGAAAGAAUUCCAUUAUAA